AGAGCAGCGGUGGUGGCAGCGGGGGACUCCGGAAGCUCACCCUUCACCCGGAAAUGGUUGUUGAGGAACAUGGCGUUGCUGGUGCGAGUCCUUAGGAACCAGAUUAGCAUCUCCCAGUGGGUUCCAGUAUGCAGCUGGCUGGUACCUUUGUCUCCUACACAGGGACGGUGGGGCAGGCCUCUGUUUGGCACUUCCCAGUGGCCCCAGAUGAGCCAGUUCCUAGCAUGUGGUGGCUCAGAACAGAUUCCUGGAAUAGACAUACAGCUGAGUAGGAAGUAUCACACCACGAGUAAGUUUUCUAGUGCCAAGGAUUUCCCAGAGCCCGUUGAGGAAAAGGUUGGUGCCUUCACGAAGAUCAUAGAAGCCAUGGGGUUCACUGGACCUUUGAAAUACAGUAAAUGGAAGAUUAAGAUUGCGGCACUACGCAUGUACACUAGCUGUGUGAAGAAAACUGACUUCGAGGAAUUCUUUCUAAGGUGUCAGAUGCCUGAUACAUUCAACUCAUGGUUUCUCAUAACUCUUCUUCAUGUCUGGAUGUGCCUAGUCCGGAUGAAGCAGGAAGGCCGGACUGGGAAAUACAUGUGUCGUAUCAUAGUUCAUUUUAUGUGGGAGGAUGUCGAGCAGCGUGGCAGAGUCAUGGGGGUUAAUCCCUAUAUCCUGAAGAAGAACAUGAUGAUUAUGACGAAUAAUUUCUAUGCAGCAAUCUUGGGAUACGAUGAGGGACUCCUUUCGGAUGAUCACGGGCUGGCUGCCGCCCUCUGGAGAAUGUUCUUCAACCAGAAAUGUGAAGACCCUCGGCAGCUCGAACUGUUGGUGGAAUACGUGAGGAAACAGAUUCAGUACCUGGACUCCAUGAAUGGUGAGGAUCUGCUCCUGACAGGGGAGGUGAACUGGCGCCCUCUAGUGGAGAAGGAUCCUCAGAGCGUCCUGAAGCCCCGUUCCCCGAUUUAUAAUGACGAGGGUCUCUGAUGAGCUGGUCCCUCUGAACAGCUGGCUGGGUGGCUUUGAAGAACAACCAGGAGCGAGGUGCCUCUUUGGCCCAGGACCCUGCAGAAAGUGGCCUGCACUGACCUAUGAACAGCAUCUGUCAAAUACCUUGCCCCGUUUGUGUUGGUUUUCCUCUAGCAUACCCAGGACUCUGAUCUGGUAGGGUAUGCAGCUGGGAGAAGCUGCAUACCGAGUGUGCUCCCCCUCAAGAGAAGCCCCGAGCAGAAGCUCCCCAGCACACAUUCCCCACAGCCCCUCCAGCCACCUUGUGAUUGACAGCUUUUCUCAGAGGUUGCAGCAGAGACGGGCUGUGUUGGACAGGGGACACCCCCACCAAGGGCCCACCGCGGCCUAGGAGCAGUUCGUGAUGCUGCUGCGUCAGGACGGGUAACCAUGCUCCGUCCCCUGGCUUAGAGCUGUGGGGUGGCCAUUAAAGACACAGAAUUAACUCUCCCAUGAUUCUUCUUUAUUCCAGAAUCUUUCAGAAACUUACCUGAGGUGGGGUUGCUAUAAGCCGAGGAGAACCCCACAGCUCAGAGACAGGGGCGGGGAGAGAAGGUCGGGAGGGUCUCUGCUGCUGCUUGUGCCUCCAGUUCACAGAGGGUCACCGUUCUGGCCAGGCCGCAGGCCGCCGGGCCUGGUGCCCGGGGACCCCAGAGGCCUCUGCUGGCCGAGGGCUUAUCAUACCCCAACUCAUUUGGAAAGGGGCCUUGAGAACAAAGGUUCCUUUGUCACCCUCCAACGAGCCAGGUGAGGAACAUGCUGUCUUUACUCUCUGUUCCCCCCUCAUGUGAGACAUUGGGGAGAAGAGAAGACGUUCUUCCUGGCUUUGUUGUACCAUCGCAGGACCCGGCCCCGUGCCCGGCUUUCUGUGCCCUUCCCGACCCCCGGAGCGCGUGCUGCAGAGUCACCUUGGUCUGAGCACUCGCGGGCCAGUCCCCUCCCCCCUCUGAGUGUGGGUCAUCUCUUGGGGGACUUUCUUUAAACUGCAGAAAGGGGGCGGGGAACCAUACUGCCCCUCCUUCCCCCAUCAAACUUCCUUCAUUUAACUUGCUAUAAAAUGAGUCAUAUAAAGAAACUCUAUAUGGGUGAGGUAUAUCCCACUUCUGUGAAAACAUUACAAAUCAAACCGCCUUCUCUGCGUUUAUUUAAGAUGCUUUUGUCGUGAGCAGAGCUCUAGAGUGAAGCCUCCUCUGUGUGUGUGAGAUAGUAACACCUUGUCGCUCAUUACAGCUGGGCACUGUUUACACAAGCCAGAGCCGAGCCAGGCAGGAAUUUGCUGAUUAAUUUAUUUUUAAUGGAGUGAAGUAUACCGUGCACCAAAAUAAACUUUACUGUGUAUACCUAA